UUGAACAAUUCUUCUUUGUCACGUAGUCCUCCCUGUCCAAAAUAGUCCCGCAGAUUGUCCAUGUCAAGAGAGCUUCUCUAUAAGUUCCCCGACAAUUUCACUUUCGAUUUUGACUACGCCCGGAGGACUAUUUGGUCCCCCUUGCUCCCUCCGCCCUUACAUUCCGAUAAAGAAACCAGAGUAAGCUGUGGGGUCUGAUGAAAUUAUCAUACGAGGAAGAUGGAUUGCUGAACAAUGCGAAGAAAAUUACAGCCAAGUAAGGAAGUUCACAAAUGCUGUAUUUGAUAAUCUUCUCAGGUACCAAAACAUGAAGAAGAGAAAGAGGAGAUCUAUGGAGUUUUCUUCAAUCCCUCCUUCUCAUCUGCUCACUCCCACUUCCAGAACACCAAGAAAGAAACUUCUUGAUGCCUUUCAAGUCUCAAUGAAAUAUGUAUUUGUUCAGCGAUGGGCAAAGGUAUUGAAAGCUGCUUCAAAGCAUUUCACGAAGAAGAGUCAGAAAAGAGAGAUCCCACUACCAACUCAAAUGUCACCUAGUUUUUGUCACGGUUUUCGAAGGUCCCAACUAGUGUUUUUCUUCUAUCUUUGGCACAAAUUUGACUUUAUUGGUUAUUCCUACUCAAUAUUAGGAUAUUUGAUUUAUGCUUUUAACUCUGUAAUCCCAUAAUUUAAUCCAACUCUGUACUCCAUUUCAGUGUGAAGCAGCAUACUUCAAUUCAUCUACUAAUUGGCUACUUUGACUGACGGCCAUUAGUGUACGAUUUUACUGAAAUUGUACGAAUUUGUUUGCCAAGUCAUCAAAGGAUUUCCAGUAAAAUCUUACAACUUGGGACACGAACAUGUAGAAGGUUCAAUCAUAAAACGAACAUCAA